AAGUGAUUUUUCCACUACGUGAACGUGUAUUUCAACGUUUUUCACUUAGUUUUACAUGUUUCUCUUCAUUUUACACUAUGACGGAUUCUUCUUCAAAUGUUUUCAAUAAUUUCGAUAAUAAACCUGAGUUCCUAACACUCAUAAAAUCGAUUAUAAAGAAGGAUGAUGCAAAUCGAUUGCUAGCAGUAUUAAAUAAUCUUAGUCAAGAUACCGCUACUUUAAAUAUCACUGAUAAUAAUAAAUGUAACGAAAUAGAAAACAAACUGUUUGAUUUUGAGCAUACAGUUCUUGGAUAUGAAAACUUAUUGCAUCUUGCAGUUUUAUAUCAUGCUUCCGCUUGUAUUCAAAUCUUAAUCAAUCCACCAUAUAUGUGGAGUCCAUAUUACGUGAAUAAAAAUGGGGAAAGUGCUAUGCAACUAGCUGAACAACAAGGAUGUUUUAAAUUGCAAUAUAUAAUGGCAGCAAAUUCACCAGAAAAUUUUUUUGUUACUCCUGAAUUCUCACUCCGAUCAGUUUCGUCGCUUUUAAUUUAUCCACAAGCAUUUAUUACAGAACCAUUUUCUUAUAGUGAGCUUUUCAAUUGGAGUAAUUAUAAUGUUAUGCCUGGUAGUGCAGUUGAAUACCUGAACUAUAGAAUAAUUGGUCAAUAUAGAUCAGUUCAUAAUUUAUCAUUGCUUUUUGAAUUGAUAAUUGCAACUCCAGAAAUUUGUCCUACAAUAUUAUCAGAUAUAAAUGAAAUACGUAAAAUAUUAAAUGAUAUUAAGAAAUAUUAUGAAAAUUAUAAUAGAACAUUAGAUGAUAAAUGCCGAUAUGCUAUGGAACUGCAUUUUUUAACUAUUUUUUCUGAACAUAUGACAAUAACUCAUAAAUGGGAAGAAAUAUGGAAUAGAUUAUUUUAUACGUGGUUAUUUUAUCGUACAGUAAUUAAAAAUAAAAAGAAUAUCAAAUGGAAUGACAUAAAUACUUACAUGUACAUUCAACAACCAUUUGAAUUACAAGCUAUUUGUCGUAUUUCAUUGAGAAGAUAUGCAGUAAAACAAACAGGUGUCAACUACGCUUAUUUCGUUAAACAUUUGGACUUACCAAUACACUUGGAAAAUUACCUACUCUAUAGUGAAUACUGGUAUCUUUGA